AUGUUCAUGAUCAGUUGGCCGGCAUGGGCGCGCUGCCUGUCCGUCAUACUGGCCCUCUUCCCGCGUGCCUCACACAUGGAGCGCUUGGGCAUGGUACAGCCUGCCAUUCUUGACGCAAGGUGUGAUCAAGGGCAGCGUCAGCUUAGCGGGCACUACGUGGUGCCAGAGGUCGGGCGGACUUUCGCGGGCGAUUGCCACAUCUUGGGAUUGCCUGGCACCAGGAUUGAGCUGAAUGGACCGCUUACCUUCGAAAACGACGUCAAACUGUCAGGCAACUUGACGAUUACCGGCAAUGGGGAGAGGUGGGAGCAGGCCUGCUUCGGUACGUAUGGAGUGUUAACAGUGGCGAACCAUUCGACGAUCUCCGUGACGAACUGCGUCAACCGCAGGGCAAUCACUAUACCCGGACGCGGCCAUGAAGUUCAGAAAGGCUUCAAGUUCACCAGUGGAGGAUGCAUCUCAGCGGAAGGAGUUCUGGUGGAGGGCGGCACCUUGUCCGUGAGGAGAUGCCGUGGCAAUGUUGGAGGAGGCAUCAAUGUCGGGGUCGCUGGUUUUUUGCAGAGAGGCGGCGAGGUCCACAUUGAGGAUUGCUACGCAGAAGAGCAGGGAGGUGGCAUGACGAUCGCGGGCAACUAUGGGGAAGCGGGGGUGGGUCUGCACAUGGACGGCGGGACUCUGCUUUUUCGAAACUGCACGGCCGAUAGCGACUAUGGCGGCGGGCUGCUGGUGCUCGACGGGCCUAUGAUCCAGAGAGGCGGAAACAUCCGCUUCGAGGACUGUGCUGCUUAUUACGGCGGUGGCGCCUAUGUGGAACUUAACGUCAUCCAAGAGGAUGGGGUCAUGGAGUUCCAACGUUGCAAAUCUUUGCGAUGGGGUGAUGGCGGUGGUAUGUAUGUUCGCGAAGGGCUCAAGCAAGUGGACGGCGAGAUCAGGUUCCGGAAUUGCACGGCAGGGCGCGCCGGCGGAGGGAUCUACGUAUCGAAGGGCAGUCUGCAGCAACUGGGUGGCGACUUUCACGUUUUGUCAGCCUUCAGUCACAAUCGUGGUGGCGGCAUCGCCAUUAGCACCGGACAUCUCAUACAGACCGGCGGCUACCUUGAAGUAUACAAGUGCUGGACGGAGAAGGGGGGUGGUGGAAUUGCCAUUACCGACGGGAGCCUGAGACAAUCAGAUGGCACCAUCUUGGUGCAGGGGUCUGGUACUUCAGGCCGCAAUGGUGGCUGCAUCUACCUGCUGUCCGGGGAUGUGGAGCAGACACACGGCACUCUGGUGCUGCGGAGCUGUGAAGCCGAGGUAAAUGGAGGAUUGAUGACCAUCGGAAUCGGAAACUUGAACCAACUUGGCGGCAAGAUGGUCUUCGAGCGAGGCAAGACCCCCGGAGCUGGAGACGGUGGCUGCGUGAAUUUGGCCCAGGGCGGCCUGGUGCAGACUGGUGGCAGCAUUCUCUUCUCUGAGUGCCAUGCGGGCUCCUGGGGUAGUGCCGGAGCUCUUGCCGUCAACGGCAACCUCCGGCAAACGGAUGGCCAGCUCCUGUUUUAUGAUUGUACCGCGCCGCUGUCGGGCGGGGCGCUUUGCGUGAUGGGAGCUGUCGUUCAAGAGGGAGGGCUCAUGGAGUUCCAGAAGUGCUACUCUGAAGAGACUGGCGGUGGCAUGUACGUUCUCGGCGACCUGACGCAGCUGGGUGGCGUGAUAGAGUUCCUCCAGUGCGCCACCGGCAGCAACAUAACACUUUAUGCAGGGCGAGGCUAUGCUGAACAGCCCUUGGUGGCCGGUGGGGCCCUGCACGUAGUGCGAGGAAAUCUGAUUCAGAAAGCUGGCUCCAUUAGUGUCGACAGCUGCACCACAGAAGGCAGUGGUGGAGGCAUGUUCAUCCUCAAUGGUGACUUCCAGCAGACGGGUGGAAGUACACAUCUGCAGAACUGCACCGCAGAAGAGCUGGCAGGGGGCAUCGGCGUGCAGAAUGGAAGUCUCGUGCAAGAGGAUGGCAUGCUGUGGAUUAGUGACUGCCAUGCCGGCCAGGCGGGUGGUGCAUGCAGCAUCCAAGAAGGCGAUGUCAAACAGAAUGGGACUGGCGAGAUUUUCUUCGACGGCUGCUCCUCGGAAGGCGUCGGAGGUGCGACAACGUGGGCUGAGCUCCUGAAGUAA